AUGUACGUGGAACCAUGUAGAGCUCCGAAGACCGUCACCGGGACCCGGUACCAGACCGUCACCGGGUCCCGGUACCAGACCGUCACCGGGACCCGGUACCAGACCGUCACCGGGUCCCGGUACCAGACCGUCACCGGGACCCGGUACCAGACCGUCACCGGGACCCGAUACCAGACCGUCACCGGGACCCGUUACCAGAUCGUCACCGGGACCCGGUACCAGACCGUCACCGGGACCCGAUACCAGACCGUCACCGGGACCCGGUACCAGACCGUCACUGGGACCCGUGACUGCCCGCAGGACUCGCUCACGCCGGUGCAGGAGCGGGUGCCGGGCGGGUUGAGCUGGAAAGAGACCGAGGAAUCUGCGGCCCAGCAGCCUGACGGCGUCUCCUCCUCCGUGUCCGACGCCCAACACAACAAGGACGACGAGGCCGAGUCGCUUCAGCCGGACCGCAGCGGACCGGAGGACUCCGUGGGUCACGACGACGAGGACGAGUCCGCCCAGGUCCAGAAAGCAGAGGCUGAGUUCAUAGAAACCGCUGGAGAUGACAGGAGUCCAGAAACUGGAGUGGAAGCUCGGGACGAAGAUGAGGAUGACGAUGAAGGAGGCUUCACAGGAGAGCUCGGGGAGUCCAGUGAAAACGACGGCGUUCUCUCGCGUGAAGACGCCGAGGACCUUGUCACUGACAACGACGACUCCGACCAAGACAACAGCCGGUCUGACCACAGCUCCGAGGCUCCGGCUGUGAUCGGAGCAAGGACCUCUCAGACCCUGAAGCUGAGCCGCCGGUGA